AUGGCAUCCGUAUUCCGCUCCAGCUUGAAGCUCCGAGCUUCAGCUCGUCUCCCCGCCGUUCGCACCAUCACAACUACUCCCCGCCUUCGAGCUGCGGAGAAGCCUUACUUCCCCAAUGAGCCAGCAGCUCCCAAGCUAGCCACGGCCAUUCCUGGCCCGAAGAACAAGGCCGCUGCGGAAGAGCUCAACGAGGUCUUCGAUGUGCGCAGCUUGAACAUGCUCGCCGACUACACGAAGUCCGUUGGCAACUACAUCGCCGAUCUCGAUGGGAAUAUGCUCCUCGAUGUCUAUGCGCAGAUUGCAUCCAUCCCCGUCGGUUACAACAACCCCAACCUCCUCAAGGUGGCCGCUUCAUCGGAGAUGGCCACUUCUCUGAUCAACAGACCAGCUCUGGGUAACUUUCCCUCCCAUGACUGGUCUCACAUUCUGAAGACCGGUAUCCUGAAGGUUGCCCCCAAGGGCUUGGACCAGGUUUUCACCGCCAUGGCGGGCUCUGACGCCAACGAGACUGCUUACAAGGCCGCUUUCAUGUACUACCGCCAGCAACAGCGUGGAGGUCCCGAGAAGGAGUUCACUGAGGAGGAGCUUCAGUCUAGUAUGGUGAACCAGGCUCCUGGGUCUCCUCAGUUGUCUAUCAUGUCUUUCAAGGCCGGUUUCCACGGUCGUCUCUUCGGCAGUCUGUCCACCACUCGCAGCAAGCCCAUCCACAAGCUCGAUAUCCCCUCCUUUGACUGGCCCCAGGCUCCCUUCCCUUCUCUAAAGUACCCCCUUGAGGAACACGCCAAGGAGAACGCCGAGGAGGAGCAGCGCUGCCUGCAGGAAACCGAGCGCCUGAUCAAGGAAUGGCACCACCCCGUCGCUGCCGUCGUCGUCGAACCCAUCCAGUCUGAAGGUGGUGACAACCACGCCUCUCCGGCUUUCUUCCAGGGUCUCCGCGAGAUCACCAAGCGCAACAACGUCCUCUUCAUCGUCGACGAGGUCCAGACUGGUGUUGGUGCCACCGGAAAGUUCUGGGCUCACGACCACUGGAACCUUCAGGCUCCUCCUGACAUGGUCACUUUUUCCAAGAAGGCCCAGACUGCCGGUUACUACUACGGUAACCCUGCUCUGCGCCCCAACAAGCCUUACCGCCAGUUCAACACCUGGAUGGGUGAUCCCUCCCGCGCUCUCAUCUUCCGUGGCAUUAUUGAGGAAAUCGAGCGCCUUUCGCUCGUUGAGAACACUGCUGCCACUGGUGACUACCUUUUCUCUGGCCUUGAGCGCCUUGCGAAGCAGUACCCUGAGCACCUGCAGAACCUGCGUGGUAAGGGUCAGGGUACCUUCAUUGCCUGGGAUACCCCCAAGCGUGACGAGUUCCUUGUCAAGGGCAAGGGCGUUGGUAUCAACAUUGGUGGUAGCGGACAGAGCGCUGUCCGACUGCGACCCAUGCUGAUCUUCCAGAAGCACCAUGCUGAUAUCCUUCUUGAGAGCAUUGAGAAGAUCAUCAAGCAACUGUAG